AUGUUUGAUGAAAUGUCUCCUUUGAAUGUGGUCUGGGAUGAUGGGUUACUGCAUGGACUUGACUGCCAUGAGGAAUUAGUGCAGCAAGAAGGAAGGUCUAUUGGAGCAACUGCCUUGGGUGAGGGGUACAGGGAUGAUGAGUUGGUGCAAGGUGUUGGGUCAGAUGACAGUUUAUUCGAGCUAAUAGCUCAUGGAGAUCGUUCAGUUUGCAUGAACAGCAAACCAAUUGCCGAGCCAAUCUCCGGCAAGGCUUUGGUGGCAACAAAGGAUGUUUUAGAGCAGUCGUUUGAUGAAAGCCCUGUGUGGGAUGACAAUCCACAGUAUGAUACUGAACCCAUGGAUGACAUGAACUUGGAUGUAGCUCAUGUGGUAGAGCCACUCACUAAGGACUUUCAGGUACUUUCCAAUGUCGAAGGCUCCUACCUUUGCCUAGAAAAGGCUAUUGAUGCUGCUAACAAGGUGCAGAACCUCACAGAGGAGAUCAUCAAGGUACUUAUCAAUGAUGCAUUCUGGGGUGAUGAAACUGCUGACACCAUCACCCAACUUGCUGCAGAUAUCAUAUCAAUUACAUAUGCAUUCAGUUUGGGUGAUAUUCUUCCUUUAGGGAAUACUGAUGAUGUACAGGUUGUUAGCAUCGUCAACCGGAACAACUGUGACCUGGCACACUUUGGCGUGCUGGUUCUGCAGCAUGAUCCAAUCGCUGUUGGACAUCCCAUGUUUAAUGACAUAUGGCAAAGAAAAGAUUUCAGUCCUUGGCAAUCUUGGAAGCUCUGGGAUCACUUGAUGACGUCUACAGUGGAGAUUGCUCAAUGGAUAGAUGACCAGAUGCAUUGCGAGCAGAUCGAUUCCAAGACAUAUGUACUGUCUGAGUCUGAUGCUCUCAUAGUGUUCAAUGAGAUGGCUUUUUCAGAUGGGGUAUGGAAUAAGGUCCUGCUUGACAUAGAUGACCACAACAGCUUAUGGCAUGAACUCAUUGAAGGUGGAGAGUGCAUGGGCAGCAGGGAGACAAUGAUGGGGUGCUCUCUUCAUCCACCAUCACCAAGUGGUUUGAUAUUGGGAGAUGGGCAAAUUAGGUUGCAACUGCCAGGAUCUGCAAUGUGUCCUACUCACCAGACAUUUGCUGGAAUGCCAUGUCAAAUGAGUGAUUACUGGGUGCUACAUACAAUACUUCAUACUGAUGGGUUGAUAACUGACAAAGAUGGAGAGGAAAGAAAAGGUAUGCCACUGUUGCAGAGGGGAUGGCCAACUGUACUUAUACCCAAGGUACUUGAGGAAAUGCACUGUCAGGACUUUGUAUGGGAUGAGCACUUGUCAUGCCAGCGCGGUGUCUGCAAUCUCCAACAUUUGAGGAUGGUAAAUACUAGUUGUGUAGUGCUUGACCAGCUGUCAGGUGGUUUCGGCCCUGGACAUUUUCAGCAACUGAAUAUUGACGAAAGGCCUCGAGAUCCUGGUAUUGUAAUGAACAACCUGCAUAUAUCUGUUGUUCUGUUGAUGAUAGUGCAGUCGCCUACUGUGUGGAAUGAGGAGCAUCCACAUGACCUCAGCUUACAGCAACUUACAUGGGCUCAGGUGUGCAUAGAUAAAACGAAGACCAAAUUGAUGCCUGAGCUUAAUGACUUGCCAUUAAUUCUGGAGCUUGCUAUUCAUGCUAAUGAUCUGGAGUUUACAGAAAUGCUUAUUGUGACCCCAGAUGUUAUGAUGUCCGGACUUGCUAAUCAGGAGACAGAAAACAUACUUGCCCUAUUUGGUGGUCCUUUGUUGUUCCUAGAAUAUGCAGUAAUUCAUACAGAUCACUUACAAGGUCAACCGGGGAAUAUGUGGGAAAUUAGUGCAGCUUGUCAAAUGGUCAUGGCUACAAUGAAGUGGUGGCAUAAACAUUUCAGCCCAUGGAAAUCUAAUUUGGUCUGUUCUGAGAAAAUGUCACCUUGGAAUAUAAAUGUAUUCGACCCUGGAGAUGGCAUGCAACAACACUUCAAAAUAACAAAUUUUGCUUUGGUCCCAUUGCUCGGGUCUAAGAUAAACAAAGAAUUUCAAGAUAGACUAGAGCAAGUUGGUGGACAAAUGCUCCUAUAUCAGUUUGUUGGUGCAAAAACUGAGGUAUCAACAAUUCCAAUAUAUAAUUGCACUAAGCUUUGUCUUGUGCUACUUGGACAUGAGAUUCUGGAAACUCUGAUUUCUAUAACUUCGGUGAUGGAGAAACUGAGGUUGACUUUUCCAUGGGACCCAGGCGGUCACAGUUCAAGCUAUGUACACAUCUAG